AUUGCACUUACACGGCUACUACGGUUCAGCCAGCAGUGCGGUUUGCCUUGUAUUCCUUGACCUUUGCCAGGGCAUUUUGGGCCCCGCUUCUGCUGAAUACUACAUGUAACGCUACUUAGUAGGAAUGGCCAAGACAUCUAUGCAAAAGAAGGAUGUUGUCGGUGACGGCAAGCACAGCAGCGCCGCAUCGACGGACUUCCGCAGCCCCGUCGGCUGCACCGGCAUAACCCGCGGCGAGCAAGAGUUCUUAGCAUGGUGCAAAGAAGAGCGCGUGCGCUUCCCCAGCUCGCAUUUGGCAGCGCUGGCGAACACAGGACGGGCGCUGGUGGCGAGUCGUGCCAUCAAGAUGGGUGAGGUGGUGGUGGAGGUGCCAGAUGACGCGGUGCUGAUGGCUGACAACUGCAGCAUUCGAGACGUGCUGGACGAGGAGGGCCUCUGCAAGCCCGCAGAUGACGAGAUUCUGGAGGUGCAAGGGCUGGUGAUCGCGGUGAUGUACGAGAAGUGGCGCGGCGAGCAGUCCCGCUGGGCGCCCUACCUGGCACUGCUGCCGGACGACAUGACCCACAUGCCGCUCUACUGGAAGCGGCGGGAGUUCCUGGAGCUCCGCGGUACGGCAGCGUACGACAAGAUGAUGGGGCGGCUGCAGCACCCCGCCGACGCGCCCACCCAGGUUCCGCUGCUGUGGAGCGAGGUGGUGGCGCCCUUCAUAGCGGAGCACCCCGAGCUGGAGCUGCCGGGAGGGCAGCAGGGCUACGAGCUGUACCGCUGGGCCACAUGUGCGGUGGCGUCGUACAGCUUCAUUUUGGGGGACGACAAGUAUCAGGCCAUGGUUCCCGUGUGGGACCUGCUGAACCACAUCACCGGGGCGGUCAACGUGCGCCUGCACCACUGCGCUAGAAGGCAUGUGCUGCAGAUGCUGGCCACCCGCGACAUCCGCGCCGGUGAGGAGCUGGUCAACAACUACGGCGAGCUGUCGAACGCGGAGCUGCUGCGCGGGUACGGCUUCGUGGAGCGCAGCAACCGCAACAACCACGUGCAGGUUCCGUUGGCCCUCCUGAUGCGUGUCGUACGACAGGAGCUGCAACAGGAGCAGGCGGCAGCUGGGGCGGGCGAGGCGGCCGGUCCGGGACCCGGCAGCGCCGCCUCCGCUACUGCCCCCGCUGCGGAGGUGCGGCGGGCUGUGGCUGCGCGGUUGCGGCUGGGUCGGCGACUGGGGCUGCUGCCGUUGCACGAUGUGUUCAAGGUGUAUGCGGGCCGGCCCGCGCCUGCCGCCCUGACGGCCCUGCUGCACCUGCUGCUUGCUGGGGAGGAGCAGGCGGAGGAGGUGCGGCGGGCGGCGAGGAGAGCCGCGGGGGCUGCACACAGCGGUAAGCAGCGGCGCGGAGGGAAGGUAGACAAGCAGGCGAAGGCGGCUGCGGCAAUUGCCGCUGUGGCAGCAGCGUUGAAACAAGAAGACAGCAGCGCAGGGGGCGGGGUGUCCGGGUCAGCAGCAGCGGUUGCACGGUUGCAGCGUGUGUACGAGCGUGUCGUGUCGUACAUGCUGGGGCGGUACGGCAACAGCCUGGAGGAGGACGAGCGGCUGAUGGGACUGUACGACAGUCUUCCGCCCCGGCAGCGGGCUGCGUUGCUGGCUCGGAAGCCAGAGAAGGAGGCGCUGGUUUGGCUGCGGGAGGAGAUAAAGCGGAAGGGCGGUUUGCAGCGCUCGCUAGCGUUAGGGGGAGCGGAGGCGGCGCGUGCGGUUGGAAAGAGUGUGGCUGGGGCUGGCGGGAAUGCAGCGGGGAAGGCGGCGGUUGGGAGCGAGGACGUUGGCGGUGAGGGGAGAGGAAAGAAGGCGGCAGGGCGCAAGGCUUCUGAUGACGCCAAGGGCGGGGUGAAGCCUCAGGAGGCGCAGUUCAGCUUCGGCUUUUCGCUGUGAGCCCUCAUUUUAAUCCACAUCUGGAGGUGAUAGGGACAGCCGGACUGCUGGAGCUAGGCGAGACGGG